AUGUCGCGCCCAUCUCCAUCCUCGGCCACGGAUGCAGUAGCAAUACCAGCGGCACCACCAACAACGGCGGGGGUGGAGGCGCUCGCCGUCACCUCUCCCUCGACCACCACGUCGUCGUCGACCUCGUGGGGAACGAUACUCGGCAGCACUUGCGGAGGUGCAGUGGAGAACAACCGACAAGUUGACACCGCCACAUCGCUGAACCGUACAACAGAGGCGCGGCAGCGGAUGAGCGGAAACCCAGUGGUAGUCCCACUACCACGCUUGACGACAGCAGAGUUAAGCUUAGCAAGGUCCCCCUUCCCUGACAUGACGGUGCUGUCGGCGACAGCGGCUGCAACGUCAUUGACCGACUCCUUAACUCUCUCCCCACGAGGGCGGUGGAGACACGCGCGCAGUGAUACCGCAGGUGCCCAUACCUCGAGGGAGGCUCUCAGCAUCAACACUGUCAGCAGUAACCGGAGUAUUGCCUGUGGUGGUAAUCGAAGCGUUAAUCCUGAAGCUCCGCAGGGACUCGCGCCGAUCCCUGAGAUGUGGAGAGCCGCGUCCCUCUCCCCUCUGCACCCUCACUCACCCUCUUAUAACAGUUUCGAGCACGAGGAGGGAAGCGCUGCUGCGCCUACAAGACAGCUGUACACAGCCUCCCCACCGACCAGGGCGUUCAUUGUCGCUGGUGUUGCUUGGUCCAAGUUCAUGGAUCUAAGGCUCACGCGCAUGUCACGGGUGAGCAGCAAGACCGCUGAAGCCGGUGCUCCGCGGACAGGCCGACAGCCUCUGUGCGCCCCGUCAUCCAUGUCUUCCCCGGUGUCCACAUCAACGUCUGAGCUCUGCCACAGACAAAACGCGCUUUCUGCUGUGCUGCCGAACGCGCCGCAUCAGCCACAGUAUCGGCAAGGGCAGUGUCUCUCCCCUCCGACAUCCUUGGCGCCGUUACCGACCGCACAGGGGGCCUCUGUCGUGAAGCGUUGCGAGGUGGAAGCGAAAACCGCAUCCGGCAGUGCUCUUGCAGCGCUAGCGACGGCGGCGCCAGUCAGCGAGGUGUGGUGUCGACCAGUUGCAGAUGGUCGCGCCGUGGCAUAUGCGAAAAAUAGUGAAAUCGCUGGUGGGCCUGAGGAAUUCUUGGAAAUCACGUCGGCCGCUACGACUGCAAGAGAGGUGGACUUACCGAGUGCCUCUGGAAAGAACCGCUCUUCCUCUGCAAUCGAGGAUGCCGGGGACGGCAGAGGAGGCAGAGCAUGCAAGAGCAGCCCCUCAGCCGCUGUAGCUUCCACAGCUUGCCAGCGUGGCUUUUUUCAUGAUCUCCGCGUCAGAGACGACGGCAAAGCUGGUGUCGCGGCCGCGGCCUUGCCGUCGUCUCUGACAAAGCUGAACACCACCCCGCGGCCCAUGAACUCCAGCAGCUGCGGCGGCAGCGACCGAAUCGCACACAGCUACGCGGAUGAAGAGAAGAGGGGCCCCUUGACUGGCGUAGGGGGCGCCAAUGACGUGCGAUCACUGUCAUCGCCUUUAAGGUCAAGCGUACUGCACGCAGUCACGCUCUCACAUUAUCAGCAUCACCUUCAUGCGCAGAGAACACCAAGUCCGGGCAACGAGGACGGCCAUUCAACGUUAUGGCGUGAGAGCCGCUGCGGUUUCUCGACGGUGGCGCGGGUGUUGAGCAGCACCGACGAAGAGCUGCAGGAGCCCUGGGUGGCAGAUCACUACGACUCGCCCCCACCGUCCUUUCUGAGAACUAUGGCUCCAGCACCAUCCACGGCAGCCACUGGCAGACUUCUUGCAGAAGGUGAGGACGAGGACGCCGUGGUACCGGAGUGGUGGGCCGACUCUGCGAUGGGCACCUCGCCGGCAGCACCGCUGCACGCCACCUUUGAUGGCUACUCGCCGCCGCAGGUGGCAAUAUCGUCGAUGUCGUCUUCGGCAGCGCUGGAGCGGCAAGGGCAGGUAGCAGCAGCAGCACUGACACCGGCCGCCACGCCCGGCAACGACAAGUGCUGCUUUGGCACCUCAGUUGGGCACACGGUGCAGCGCAUACCGGCGGCAAAGUACUUUGCCUCGAUUAGCCAACCACAAGUCACCGACACGCCACAAGUGUCGACAUCGUCGUUCUUCGCGCGGGGUGGCGACAUCACAGCACGAAGAGCUAGCGUGCCACCGCAUGCAUCGUCAUCGUCACCGAAACCUCAGAGUACGAUUCCAACGGCGGCUGCACCGACAGCGGUCUCUGUGUCUCCGCUCAACCACACACCGUCCGCCGUGCCCACAAUGUCUCUCUUGAAUUUCGCCUCUCGUAGCCCAACACCUGUGAUGAACUCCUGCACUACCCCAGUCCCGUCUCGGUCGCACCCACACCACCCCAUGCUGCCCCCCCAGCAGCUGAGUCCGGGGUCCACGUCCUGUAUCUACCGCGACGCUUGCAGCGGUGGUGGUGGUGGUGGCGGCCUUGGCACCAACACCACUGCGGAAACAACCUCAUCACUGUUGCUGGAGCUUUCACAACUGCGCACACCACCGCGUCAUUCAGUAUUUAUGUCCGCAGCGCAGACCUCAGAGGGGGGGCAUAGGGCAGACAGCACGAGUCGUAUCAGCAUCAGCUGGUGCUGUGGUGUGGCCCCUCCACAGUAUCCAUCCAUGCCCUUCACCGUGACCCAUCCAACAGGGAAGUGUGAGGGCUCCGAGCACCCCCUCAGCUCAAACCCCAACGCCGCCGCAUCCGCCUCGGCAGCGACGACGACGGUGGACUCCGUCAUGAGCAGUAACACGAGCAGUGCCGCCACAAGUGGAAGAGCAAUUGGAGGCAGUGUUCCUCACGAGCUGCCGCAACGUGCGACAGCCACACUGGCACUCGUGGGCAGCUGCAAUAGUCAAUACGCUCCACCCGCAUCACCGUCUCCUUUGCCACCGUGUUCACGAGAGUGGGACGGCGGCAAUGAUGGGGCUGCCAGCGAUUGCCCUGGAGGAGCUGCUGAGACCAUAGUGCAACACCACCAUCAGCCACCAGCCCCUCGUUUCACUUCUUUCACAAGGGUAUCCUCGGACAGCAACGGGCACGUGAGCUUCGGCUCUGUUAUAACCGAAAGCGAUAGAGCGGCACAGCAGGCAACACCGUUGUCGCCACCGCCGCAGCAGCAGCAACUGCUGAGGUGCCAUAGCAGCGACACUUUCCCCACCACCACGGCGGUGGCAGCGUGGCCACUGAUGGCUACACUCGGCCCUACGGUGCGGCCGCGGCUGCACCAGCGCACCGGCAGUAGCAAUAGCCUACUCAGCGGCAACGCAUCCUCGAGGCUCGCCAGCGGCAUCGGCGGCGGCAACGGCAGUGACACGGCUACGAGCACACCUCCCCCACUUUCCAUGGCGAUAGCAAGCCCGGGUGUUGCCCUCACUCUCGGCACCUUCAGCGCGUCGUCCACCUUCACAGGGUUUGGGCUAGUGCCCUCCACCCUUGCUGCUGGCCGUCUGAGUGCCUCCAUCAGCGGCAGGGCAUAUGUGCACUCCCUGACCGCCUCUCCGCCGCCCCGGCAUCGAAGUGUCGGAUCAGUGUCGUCGCUGUCCUCGAUGGGCGCGUUUGCCUUCAACGACGCCAGCACGGCGCUGAUGAGGCAGAAUGGAAUGUCGAACCCGGUGACAGAACGCGCCCCGUCGCCAACUACCAGCUACAGCCCCAGUAAGCGCACUCAUGGGCAGUUGGGCUGCAAAGCGGAGAUCGUCGCAGACGACAGGGUGUGCGGUGACGAGGGUGAGGACUGCCUCGGGGAUGGAGGUGCCAGCACUUACAAGAUCGAGAAGGGCGAGCGCAGCAGGCUUUGGGGAAUCAACUCCAGUGGCAAUAGGGGUGGCGUGCACCCCUGCGGGAAGCCUGGGUGGCUGAAGCCUGGGACCGCUAUCGAGGUCGCCAUUCAAGCAGGCAUCCACGCACGCUACCCAUCGCACGUGCCCCUCUUUGCCCGCAGCGGCGACGUCGGUGGAGCAAGGGUGACUAACGCCGCCGCGGCAGCAACACAGGUGGGCGACGACAGCGUUUGGUCCUGUAACGAAGACUCGGUGACAUGGCUGUCGUGCGCAGCGAGCUUUACGGCGUCCUCUACACUAGCGUCAGCGACGUAUGCGUCGUCCUCUUUCGGCUCCAUCCCCUGCAAUGCCGCGGCAGCAUUGCCCUGUCCUUUUGACGUCGAGCACAUGAAGCGGAGGAAUGCGCAGCAGCAGCAGCAGCAGCGUGAAAGCCGCGAUGGCGGUGGCAACAGUCUUUGCGAUGUGUCGACAGAUGACGAGAAGAGUGAGGACGGGCCCUCCCCCUUGUGUAGCCUCUACGCAGCGGCACCGAGGCGCUACCACUACCACCGCACAUUGAACGCACCGGCAGCCUCGGGUGCGGUGUUUCAGGGGCGGCGUGAGAAGCGCCACCACCGUUACGUGCGGGUUCACCAUCGACGACGCCAGCAUCUCUCCCUCUCCAACUCUCCAACCACCGGCAGGGACGUGGCCGUAGGGGAAGAGCAGACGCAUUUCACAAGGCUACUCCCGGCCUCCACGGCGGACAUCAACAGCACUGCCGCGCCCCCUAUCCUCAGCACCGACCCGGCAGCGAGCGAGCGCGUGAACGCACGCGAGCAUAACGGGCGUAGUCAGCGGCCUGCGGGGACAGCGUCACCUGGCACAUUCGCCGCUUACAGCCCCCACCUGUCCACCUCCUCUCUGCUCUAUUACGACGAUGUGUGCAGCGAUGACGUGGAUGACGUCUACUAUCAGAUCGAGAAACGACUGCUCCCGGUCGUCUCCGAAGCUGAACGGUGCCGCUAUAGCGCCUCCCAACCAGCGGCAUCACACGAUAACUCAGAGGAGUCACCCAUCGACGCGCUCUUCACCGUGCUCAACGUGCAGCCUCGUCUCAACCUGCGCGGUGGCUUUCAUCUGUCCGACUACUAUGCUCCCUGCCCCGUGUGUCAUCCAGCCAUGCGAAGGGCAACAAACGGCGCGGCUUCGGAUGCGGAUACGUCGGCGAGCAGCUGCAGCUGCAGCCACUGCUCUUGCUGCUGCUCGUCCGUCGGCCUCCGCUCUACAAGACGGUCCGCUUCGUCCUCUCGAGCGAUGUCACGCUCUGCGCGAUCGGUCCUUUUCUCCGUCGCCCCCUCCAGACCCUCCGCGUCCUGGUUUACCGCCGGACUGCGCCACACGACGCCGUCGCCACCACCUGCCACUCCUGUGGCACUGGCAGCACGUCAACCGGGAGUCUCAGUAGCCACGGCGAAGCAGCUCGACGGUGUAGGAAUUGCCAAUAAUCUCAACAGCACCUCCACCUCACCCCUUCAGCAGCCUGAACGCGAGGCAAGGCAGCGAGAGCGAAGAGCAGCAGCAGCAGCAGCACUAAUAAGGACGGCAGUCAACCACAGAACGACCACUGCAGGUGAGCCGGCGUCCUCCACGCCGCCACAGCAGUCAAAGUCGACGCAAGCGUUUCUCUCAGCGCCUGGCCCGACAAGGACCACCAGGUCUGCAGCAGCACUAACAGCAGAUGAUGACACUGAGGAUAAGGAACGCGACGCUAAGGAUAGCCGAAGGUGGACGCGUGGCGACGGCAACGGCGAUCCAGCUCGGCUACCGUCGCCGUUUGUGCUCACUGCACCGCCCCGACACUCGCGCUACAGGCGGCAACGUGUGCGGCACCCGCCCGCAGCCCUCGCAGCCCGCCGUCGGAAAGGGCAUCAUCGCGGCGUUGGGGGCAGUGGCGCGUUGCGCUUGCAGUACAGCAGCUUCAUGCAACAGCGCCUCCUGUGUAUACGCGUCAAUGACAAACUUACCUACAUCGACCCGAAAAGCGCCACCUGCGCUGCGCGCCUCCUGGCUGGUGCGGCCCUGCUGGCCGAGAAGACGAAGAGGAAGGAGGCGGAGAGGGAGCGAAGGCAUCGCACAAAAGGCGAUGACAGUGCCGCCGCAGCGGUAGCCAACAGGAGCGCGCCUGCGGAGGCUUUUAGCGCCCUGCCAACAUCGCAUCUGCCGCAACAUGCGCCGGCCUAUCGGCGCCACAGUCGCUGCCAAAAAUCGCACCACCGCCACCACAGCCAUGGUGAGUGCCGCUGCUGCCCUUGCGAUCCCCUUCAGCAACCUGUGGUGCAUCAGCGACAGUUACCGACGUUCUCGCGCGCUGGGGCUACACCAGGGGUGCGGGGCAGCCGCAACAGGGUUGUCUCCGCUGACGACGAUAGUUGA